AUGUUAGUCAUUCAUUGCGAUCGAAUGGGUUCCCCAAAAAUGAAUGGUACGGGUAUGGUUCAUUUUUCUAAUCAUCUUUACCCCAACUGGAAGUCACACAUAACUCUUCUUGUUGAUCACGGUAAGAGGUCCAGAAAGAUGGGUGACAAAGACGCGUAUGAAAUGAUGGGCAGUUUGUCUAAUGAACCUCCUCCACCGCCACCUCCACCAGAACCUGCUCAACAACCUGCACCGCCUGGUUCGCCGGCUCCACCUGCACCUCAGCCUUCUAAGCCUCCGCCCCCUGCUCAGCCACCUGCUGGUGCCCAUCCUCCACCUCCGCCACCUCAUGGUCCCCAACCACCUCAAUCACCUAAGCCUUCACCCAAUCCCCAACCACCUGCCGCCGGUGCCCAUCCUACAUCUCCGCCCCCUCAUGCUACAGCACCAACUCAAGCAGCCACUCAGCAGCAUCCUGGAACAGAAGCAGGGUUAAUCGAGUAUGUUUAUAGUUCUCUGCUGAUGAUAUGCAGUUGGCUUAUUGAAAUUAUAAAACUACAUCGUUCAGCCCCUUAUAUCCGAACCACGCACAUUGAAAUAGGUAUCGAUUUUGCGCGCAUACAAGUGCCAUUUAUGCAGGGCGGAUCCAGAAAUAUGGGAGAUGCAUAUGAAAUGAUGGGCGAAUUGGGAGGUGAUCCCCCUCCGCCGCCUCCCCCACCGGCUCCAGCGGCUCCUCCGCCACCACCACCUCCGCCUUUUCCUCCACCACCUCCCAAUUUCCCACGUCCACCACCACCACCACCACAACCACCUAAAAUUCCGCCUCAGGCACCACCUCCACCUCCACGUCCACGACCUCCACCACCAGUGGGUUCAAAAGAUGACUAUUUCGCGUUGCCUGCAAAGAAACCUCCUCUGCCACCUGCCAAGAAGCCUCCUCCUAAACAAGAUACUCAUACUGGAACAGGACAGACCGAUACAUCCAGGUAUGUCAUCAAAAAUAUAGCCUUGCAGAUCAAAUCAACCACAUCCGAGUGGAAAUACCUUCCACCUUGCUCGGAAAAACUGCCAUCCAUUUCCUAUGUUUCUGCGCUUGAAACGCCUCACCAUGUCUAUUUAUCCGCUAGUCCAGCGAUCCGUAUUCUUCUACGUGGUUUUCGGACAGCCGUAACCACAAAAAUCGUCUUCAAAGACACAAGUCGCCAAACACCAUAA